AUGGCAUGUGCUCUGGACAUACUCGACCGCGGCAGCCGAGGAGCAGCGGGUCUCGAGGAAGCUGAUAGACUUGCCCUGCUGCAAGCGUACUCUCUACGCUCCACUCCAAUCGUGAUCCGUAUUGCUGUCGACCUCAACCUCGUUGACACAGCCCUUGCGCACGAGCGACCCAUGACCGCCGCGGAACUGGCAGAGAAAAGCAAUGCAGACGUCGAGCUGAAGCGUUCUGAUUUCUCCAACGCUCCCAAGCAACCGCCCCCUGACGUGGUCCAGAUCGUAUCCCUCGGCCUCCUCGUCAUCCUUGACGUCUUUCACCGAAGACAGCCAGGACGACAGGAAACCACAUACCACAGCCGCCUCUGGCCACGCUCUCGCAGCCGGCUCGCCCCUCAGCAGCGCCGUGCUGCAACCAUCGUACUGCAUGCCAGCCACGGCAUCCAUGCCGUCCUUCUUCGCGCCCAACGGAUAACCAAACCCCCGUGGACGCGCGGCACGGGCCCUUUUCGUACGCCUACCAGUGCACAGGGGAGACGGACUCGGAGCACCUCAGCAAGCCGGAGCGGGCGCGCACCCCAUGGCGCGCGACUCGGUGCUGCGGAUCCACGAAGUGAUUCUGCUCGAGACGGGGACGGGGCAUUUCGAGGCUAA